GAGGAGGAGGAGAGCAGGAGCCACGCGGGCGCGCAGGUAUAAGUUUCCCGCGUGCGGCGCUCGCGCGGGGUUUCCGAGAAGGUUGCCUUGCGAUGGCUUUUACAGUCCCGAAGGACAGUAUUGGAAGGACCAUAAAAGAUUGCUGGGACAACUCUGAUGUUCCAGCUUUGACCACGUGCAGCAAUGCAGAGAUUUUCCGACAAAUAAACAGCAUGCUGGGGAACUCACUUGACUUCAAGGGAGUCUGCACAACACCCAUUGCAAAGGAAAGGAGAGAUCUGUUAUCAGACUUCCAGGACUCCAAGGGAGUGGCAGCAAGCAGAAUGCUCUUCCCACCUUCUGUGCAGGAGUCUCCGCGGGGUCUCCCAGACACCACUGACCUGUGCCUUGGACUGCAGUCUCUCAGCCAGCCAGGGUGGGACAGGCCAUGGAGCUCCCAGGAUUCGGAUGCUGCAGCCCAGCCUAGCCUGCAGUCUGUUCUUAGCGUGUUUAGCAAUCCCCUGGGGAAGCCCCCUGUGAAUUUCCUGACAAUGGAUCCCAUUGGCUCUGAGCUGACUGAUACCCUUCCGAACCCUUUGAGGGGUUCCCGCCUGGACAACACCCGUUCGUUCCUGUAUUCACGCUCCAGCAGCCCCUCAGACUCUGACACCAGUGGAUUCAGCUCUGGUUCUGACCAUCUCUCAGACUUUCUUUCGAAUCUCCGGAUCUCCCCGCCUAUGUCAUUCCUGCCUCUUGGUGGCAUUCCCAGGGAUUCCUUAAGUGGAGCAGGAUCCCACCUGGAUCAAGAUCAAGCUACUCUUGCUUCAGUUACUUCCACCCCAGCCAGCAUACCCAAGCAAUGGUCUGGAGCGUCUUCCUGGCCUUCCUGGGUCCUCCCAGACUCCCUGGACGACCCGUUCAGUAUCGAAAGGGAAGCCAGGCUUCACAAGCAGGCAGCGGCUGUGAACGAGGCAACCUGCACAUGGAGCGGGCAGCUCCCACCCCGAAACUACAAGAAUCCAAUCUACUCCUGCAAGGUGUUCUUAGGAGGAGUCCCCUGGGAUAUCACAGAAGCGGGUCUGAUCAGCACUUUCCGUGUAUUUGGCUCGCUGAGAGUGGAGUGGCCUGGUAAGGAUAGCAAGCACCCCCGCUACCCUCCCAAAGGCUAUGCAUAUCUAGUGUUUGAAUCGGAGAAAUCUGUGCGUGCUCUGCUUCAGAACUGCUCCCGCGAUGUGCUGAGUCCCAGUGGCCUGAGCGAGUACUAUUUCAAGAUGUCCAGCCGCAGGAUGCGCUGCAAAGAGGUACAAGUGAUCCCAUGGGUCCUGGCAGACAGCAACUUUGUGCGCAGCCCCACCCAGAGGCUUGACCCGGGCAAAACGGUCUUCGUGGGAGCUCUUCAUGGGAUGCUGAAUGCCGAAGCUUUAGCAGGGAUCCUCAAUGACCUGUUUGCUGGCGUCGUGUAUGCAGGUAUCGACACUGACAAGCACAAGUACCCUAUUGGAUCUGGCCGUGUCACCUUCAACAACCAGCGCAGCUAUCUGAAAGCAGUGAGUGCUGCGUUUGUGGAGAUAAAAACAACCAAGUUUACAAAAAAGGUUCAGAUUGAUCCAUACCUGGAAGAUGCCAUGUGUCAAGUCUGCAGGUCUCAACCAGGUCCCUUCUUCUGCAGAGACCAGGUCUGCUUCAAGUACUUCUGUCGCUCCUGCUGGCAUUGGAAACAUUCCGUUGAGAUGUUGCAUCACCACCGCCCACUGAUGCGCAACCAGAAGAACAGAGACUCCAGCUAGAGCAGAGCUGGGAGAUACCAGGAGCCACUGCAGUCGCUGCAGGAGGAAGUUCUCCUGUUCACCCGCCACCGGAAGAGAGCCCGGAGAUGUUUGCCGGUGCCACACCCAGGCUUGGGGUGCCCGUCGGAAGGACUAACGGGGAAUCUUGCCUUCACGUUUGCACUUGCUGGUCUUUAUUUGUUUCUGCACUAAUGCACAGUGAAUUUUUUUUUGUCGGGGGUUUGUUUGGGGAUUAUUUCAGAGGGGAGGGCCCCUCAAAUGAUUCUGCAGUUCCCAGACUUUGGUUCCUUGUUGCUGCUGAGAAGCGCCAAGGACCAUGUGUUGAGAAGGUGUUUAAUGCAGAUGCCUUCGCCUCGGUUUCUUAUUUAUCAAGGGCCCUUUUUUAUCUUCCUUGCAAUACUGAUGGUAAUAAUGCAGGUCUCAUUGGCUCCGUUUUUUUGCAGUUGCCAUACAGUGCCUUUCCAUUCAUUUAACCCCCCCAUCUGAACGGAAUACACAAAUUGUUCAGCUGGAGUUUUUUACUAUAACAACAAGGAGACUUUGUUCUUCACUUAAACCAAAUCAUAUUUCAUAUUUUACGCUCCAGGAUUUUUACCAGUUCCUUUUUACACUCUUGAAAUGGUUUUUAAGUCGUUUGAGACGAGAUUUUUUUCUUUCCUGGCAGCUUUUAACAUCAUUGCAACUUGUGUCUGGGAGCUGUUAAGUUAAAAAAAAAAUGAAGUUUACCAGUUGUGAAUAGCAGUAUUUGCAACCCAGAAGGAUAGGAUUUUUGGAUUUUGAAACUGGACCGGAUAAACGGAACUUCGAGCUGCUGUAUAUAGUUCGUUGCACUUUAAGUUGCACUAAGGGGGCUUGAUAAAGGUUUUUAAUCACAAAGUUCCAAGACUUCAAUUUUCUUUUUAUAACUAAGCUGGUUUAAAGGGCUGUGCUUUAGUAGGAGCCCUUUUCUGUCCUGAGGAAACAAGAGGUACCCUUAAGGAAUGUAGUCAAGCCAGCAGCACAGCCCAUAGAUUGUGCUGGGAGUUGAAGUUUUGAUUUUGUUUUAUUAUUUCCCCUCUUUUGGAAGCUGUGUGCCAAAGAACCAGUGUCCUAAGUUCUCCCUUCUUCCUGCUGAGCUGAUGUUGCAUAUUCCAGCUGCUCUUUGUGGGGUUUUGUGAAGCAGUAUGUGAAGUCUCUACCUCAUUGUUGUACAUGCAGGCAAGACUGCACUCUCCUACAGAUGCGUGGAGUAAAGCUGUGAUGUCGUUCUUGGCACAUAAUAAACACGU